AUGGAAUCUGACGUAGAUCACCCAAAAAAUCAAAAUUAUUCUGGUCCGCAACAACCCCGUUCUUCAUCAGCAUCCUCAUCAUCUUAUCUAUUAUCGUCAAUGUCAACUGUCACUACACCUAACAUACAUGAUUCUUCAAUUUCAAUAACAGAUCAAACUAAUGCAACUGGGAAUAGUUCCACUUCUGCUACGACUAGUACAACUGCUACAACAACAACUACUGCUACUACAUCAAACAUAUCUGCAGCUGGAAAAUCAACUUAUACACUUGGCAAAGAAAUUGAAAUUGAAUUAGGAAGUGGUGUAUCAGAAGAAGAUACCAAACUAGCUAAAAGUGAUAAAAAUGCUGUGGAUUUUGUAUUUGACUAUUGUAAAUUAUGGUGUAAAACAUGUAAAGAUUUAGUGUUAAGUUUAGAAAAACGUGCAGUUGCUGAAAAUGAAAGUACACGUAUUAUUAUGAAACAAUUUCAAAUACUGGAAUCAAGUACAACAAAUCAGAAUGGUGCACCAUAUAAAAAGCAAACAAUCAACCUAUGUCGAAUGAUGAUUGAUCAUUGUAAAGAAAUUGAAGCGAAUAAUUCUAAACGAUGUAGAGAACUUUUAGAAGUAUUAACACGUCAACGUACUUUAUUUGAAAGAACAAGAAAAUUUCUUAAAGAUAAAUGGAAAACUGAUGUAAAACGUAUGCUAGAUGCUGAGAAUAGUUUAUUCAAAACAAAAACCGCUUAUUAUCAACGUUGUCAAGCUGGUGUUAAACUACGUGAAGAAUUAGCUACAGCACAAAAUUUUCUAAAUGAAUUAUCUGCUUCACUUGUACAAUCAUCAGCAGUUUCAUUAUCAACAUCCAGUCAGUCAGUUGGAACAACACCAUCAUCAUCAUUUUCAUCAACAACAACAAUAAUGCCACCUAUGCAAACUAAUAUAUCAGGUUUAUCGGGCAAUUCAAAUACAUCCAGUCUAAUGAAUUCAACUGUUGGAAGUAGUGCAAAUCUAGCACAAGAUAUAAUGAAUGAUUCAAGUAUUGGUGAAUUAAAUGCAACCUCAUCGUCAUCAUCAACUACUAAUACUACUACUACUACUUCUACUACAUCAAAUCAAGUAGCAAAACAAAGAGCAAAAGUUGAACGAUUAGAAAAACAAUUAGGUGAUAAUGAUAAAAAGGAAAUUGAGCUGAUGUAUGCUUAUCGUGAAGCUGUAGACAUUGCAAAUCAUCGUUUAUGUGAAUUGGAAAAAAGCAAAAUUGAAAUAUUAUGUGAUACACGUUUGACUAUAACAAAAAGUGAUGAAGUUGUUAAAGAUUCUUUGGCGGAAUUAUUAAAUCAUUUAUAUACAAGUCGUUCAUUGAUGAUAAAACAAUAUGAAAUAAUUGCAAAUGCUUAUCAAGAUUAUGUACCGUGUAGUGAUUAUCGUGCAUUAGUUGAAUUGCAUAUUCAAAAAGGCACGGAAUUUGUUCCCGAGAAAUAUCAUUUCGAUGGAUUUCAUGAAUCAAAAUUGGAUGCUAGUCGAUUAACAAGUCGUUUAGGUAAAGAUUCCGGUGAUUCUAAUCAAGAUAUAUUUUCUGCACAUCGUAACCUCUUUUCAUUACACUCUGACUCGGAUUCUGAUACAGAAACAAUCGAUAUUCCAUCGAAUACAACUGGAAGAAGUAGUACAGGUACUGGUACUACGGUUGGUGGUAGUAAUAGUAAUGCAGGAGCAGGUAGUAGCAGUAAUAAUAGUCUUAGUGGUUGUGGUGUUGCAAGUGGUAUAGUCUCAACAAGUAGUAAUGUUUUAUCAACUAUUGUUGAGUUUGGAUCAAAUCUAUUUCGACCAGAUUCGAAAAAAUCAAUUCGUGGUAAACGUUCAAUCACUAAUAAUCCGAGUAAUACAUCUGCAUCACCAAUCAAUUCAACGGAUACUUUAGAAGCUAUAGCUGUACAAGAAGCUAAUUUAGAAAGAGAAUAUUUAGCAGCAUGUUAUCCAGUAGCUAGAUGUAUUGCAGCUAUUGAAAAACAAGAAAAUGGUCUAGCAACACAUGGAAUUUAUCGUGUACCAGCAUCGAAAGCAAAAGUUUCUAAUCUUAUGGAUUUACUACAGUCAAAUCAAUUGGUGAAUAGUGAACAAAUUCACCAAGAUAUUGAUUUGCUAAGUCAUGAACAUCCACUGACAUUGGCUAGUCUAGUGAAAACACAAUUGAUUGCUUUACCUGAACCAUUACUCACAUACAAUUUGUAUCCAAAUUUUGUUGAACUUGGAAAGGCAUUUGAUUUAGUCGAUUCAAAUAUCACCGAUGAAUUGAUGAAACGUCUUCAAUUAUUGAUUAAUCAUUUAAGUCCUGGUAAUCGUCAAUUAGCUGGAUUAAUUUUUCAUCAUUUGCACAGAGUUGCUGAAUGUCAGUCGGAGAAUCAAAUGGGUGCUGUCAAUUUAGGUACAAUGUUUGCUCCAACAGUACUACGUCAAAGACCGAAAUUUCAAGUAGCUAAUAUGAUGGAAUUUAUGGAUAAUAAAGGUCAAACAAAAGUUGUUGAAUUAUUAAUUGAUCGUGUUAUUCAAGUAUUCGGUUCAUCAGAACAAUAUGAUCCAAUUAAAUUGAUCAAAGCGCAUAUUACAUCAAAUGAUGACAAAGCAUUGAUUGCUGAUUAUAAUCGAAUGAAUACAGCUCGUGGUAGUAUUUCCCUAGUGAAUUGUGAACGAUCUAAAUCUACUUGUAGUGCCAGUGUAGAUAAUGUUCCAGAUAUUACAAUGAAUGCGUACAAUAAAAUUGAUCCGUUUCCUAAUGCUCGUACCAUGACAACUAGUAUUGCUGCCAAUACUACUCCUACUAUUAUUACUGCUACUAAUACUAAUGUUACUGCAAUUACUACUAACAUCACCAAUGCUACUACUUCUUCAUCAACAAGUUUUACACUUAGUGGUAGAACUAACAACAAUACUACUCAAAUCGCUACUAAUAACAGUAAUAUAAAUAACAAUUUGAUCAGUAUUGCAAAAGUCCCUUCAACAACAGUUCCAUCAUCUUCUGGUUUAUUAAGAUCAGCAACAAUAUCAGUUUCACCCCAGAUUCGACCUACAGGAUCUCUGCUUACCGGCGCUCUACCAUUAUACACACCAUAUCGACCGAGUCAACAAACAUUUCAUAAAGAUAGUGGUACUAUAGAAGAAACUCUCAGUUCUAAUAUCACAGUUACUUCUUCAUUACAUGGAACUGAGAAAAAUCUUGAGAAAUUUCAUUUGAAACAUAAUCCUUCAGUCAAUGAAAAGUCAACGAAUUUUAAAACUGGUGGUAUACGACUUCAUGAUUUAGCUAAAUCAGCUGCUAAUGAACCAGUUAUCACUGUUACAUGUCAAACAACUAAUCCAUUAACAAGUGGAACAGUGAACAGAACAACCAGUGCUUCAACUACUACUACAACUACAACAACUACUACUACAACAACUACUACUACUACUACUACCAUUGCUAGCAGUAACCAACCUGUCAAAGAAGCUUCUCCUCCAUCAUCCACAUCAUUAUCCACAUCCUCUUCAUUUGUACGUGGAAUUAAAAAAUUAUAUUCUUCAACUGGACAACAUUCUAUUUCUCCUUCAACAAUUGCUUCAUCAAUUACACCGUCGAAAUUAUUUCAUUCAUCUGAUAAACAAACCACUUCAAAUUCAGCAUCAACUGAUCCUAAUACAAAUACCACAUUAUCCAGUUUAGUGAUUGGUCGUCGUAAACCAUUUGGACGAUUAAUGACAAUCAAUCAAACUGUUGAGAAUUCAGAUCAUCUAUCAGCAUCAGCAUCAGCAUCACCGUCAUCAUCAUCAACCCCUGUGAAUCCUAGCAAUUUAGAUCAAUAUGGUUUUAUUGAUAAUGAUGUACCUGAUUCUCCAAAUAAUUAAUUCAUUUGAAAGAAUAAUUUUUUCCCUGAUUAAUUGAAAUGAAAAGCAUAAAAUCCGUCUUCCCAUUUGCAAUAAGCCGAUCUCUCUCACACACACAAACACACACACACUCUUUGAAUAAUAAUUUACAUCAUUUGGCAGAAAAUCAUGUAUACAUAUUCAGUCUGAUGAAUUUACAUUUUAAAUCUUUUAUUUAAGUCGUUCAAAUACAUUACUAUUAUUAUUAUUAUCAUU